UUUGCAGGACCUCCCGUACUUUCCGAAUCCAUCCAAGGUACAUCGGGCCGAUUGCCUUGUAAUGUGACACCGCCCAUUCUUGAGGAUCGCGUUGCGCUUGUAAUUUGGUUUAAAGUGGGUCUGAAGACGCCCAUAUACAGCGUCGAUACGCGCGACUCGAGCUUCUCAGAAGGCACUCACUGGUCCGAUGAGUUGUAUCGCGAUCGUUUGUCCUUCACAGUGGAAGGACGUUCAGGGACGUUGGCAAUUAAGAAGACGCGCCAAGAGGACACUGGCGAGUACCGUUGUCGUGUCGACUUUCAAAAGAGUCCGACGCGCAACUCGAAAGUGAAUUUAACUGUCAUAACACCACCCGAAUCAAUAAUCAUUCUGGACAGUAAAGGAGCGACGAUAAAGGACUACCAGUUGGGUCCAUACAACGAGGGAGCUGUCAUCAAUAUUACAUGCGUGGCCGUUGGAGGACGACCGCAACCGAGGGUAACCUGGUGGCAUGGGAACAAAGAGAUCGACCAAUCCUCUCACCCGCUGUCAGAUCGGCGUGUCGGCAAUAUUCUAACGCUGGGCAAACUGAAUCGUGAGAAUCUGCACAUGCAACUUACCUGUCAGGCGUCCAACAACAAUCUGACGACGCCAAUUACGAGCACCGUCACACUCGACUUGAAUUUGCGGCCGUUGAUUGUGAAAUUACAGGGCGAAAAUAGGCCCCUAUCGGCCGAUAACCCAUAUCCGUUGAAGUGCAUGGUAAUCGGUUCACGUCCGGCGCCGACGAUUACGUGGUGGAAGGGCAGCACAAUGAUGAAGGAUACACGCGAAGAGUCGAGUCCUGAUGGUAAUAUGACAACGUCAACAUUGACUUUUACGCCAACCAUCGAUGAUCGUGGCAAAUUCCUGUCGUGUCGCGCCGAGCAGAGCAUGAUACCGGAGUCGGGCAUGGAGGAUGGUUGGAAAUUGGAUAUUUACCACAUUCCCGUCGUCAGCCUGGAGUUGGGCACCAACUCAAUAAACUCGACUUUCCGUGAGGGCAUCGACGUUUUCUUUGAGUGCAACAUCAAAUCGAAUCCUUGGGUGUACAAAGUCAGUUGGCGACAUAACGGUAACAUUCUGGAAAACAAUCUAGCCGAGGGUAUCAUCGUGGCCAACCAGAGUUUGGUGUUGCAGAACGUAAGCCGCGCCCGUGCGGGUAUCUACACCUGUGUGGGCAGCAAUCGGGAAGGCGAUGGCGAGAGCAAUCCAGUGCAUUUAGACAUACGAUUUGCGCCCGUCUGCCGGCCUGGCCAACGUUUCGCUUAUAGUUCCGGUCGACAUGAGAUGGUUAAAAUUGCCUGCGAAAUUGAGGCGAAUCCGAUGGAGGCGACAUACAUCUGGAAAUUCAAUGCAACACUCGGCGAGACCAUUGACAUCCCAGCUUCGCUCAUCGCUGUGGAUCGAGGACGUAGCAUAGCGCACUACACGCCCAUGACGGAGAAUGACUAUGGCACUCUGCUGUGUUGGGCCAGCAACGAAAUUGGCGAUCAGAGUGAGCCGUGUGUUUAUACAAUCACACCAGCAGGCGAACCGGAUCCUUUGGUUAACUGCACGCUACUCAAUCAAACGUCGACUGGCUUUCAAAUUGAAUGCAUCGAAGGCUUCGAUGGUGGUCUGCAGCAGGAUUUCAUUAUGGAAGUAUAUGUGAAUGGAACGACGCGCUAUCCGAAAAUUUACAAAUCAAAAACGCCAUACUUUGAAGUGCGGGGGCUGGUGCCUGGUGUUGGUUACAAUGUAUUUCUGGUGGCGCACAACACUAAAGGACGCAGUAAUGCAACCAUUCUGCAAGUCUAUACUCUCAAGGAUCCAGAAAAGCAAACGGUCGUUAUUACUUACAAAAAGGGUAACUUUGAUACACUGCCACGUUUUUACGAACUCUCAACUGUAACCAGUGUUGUUUCAACACAAAUCAACAACAGUACAAUCACUAAGCCUAAAGACAGAAAUCUCUCACUCGCCUAUGCGCCCGUAAUCGAGGAUAUCCGGCCAUUUCUCGGUAUACUGGUCGGCAUUGUGGGCAGUAUUUUCCUGGUGGCUCUCAUCAUUGUCAUCAUUGUUCGAAUGCGUGGCUCAUCGGGACGCGAUCGCAAUAAUUACUCGCAUCCAUCGACGGGUGGUGGGCGUGGCAACAAUAAUGGUAGCGUUAGCAUCGGAACACUGCACAAUGGCCAAUCAAUACAGGAUAUACGCAUCGGUCGGGACACCUGCCAUGUGACGAGCAGCCUCGAUAGCAUAGACAAGAAUCCGGACAUUAUACCGCAAGAUGGCCGCGACGAUGAUGAAGAGUGGACCACCAAGGGACAUAAUCGCGCUUAUGCAACCGCAGCGCUGGCGGAGCAGAACGCCGUCAUCACUUCGUCGUCGUAUGAUCACAUAAACCCAACAUAUGCCGUUGUCGAUAAGAAGUCAGCGGCGAAUCAUUUGCAACAAUUGCAACAACAACAACAACAGCAUCAACAACAGCUACCACCGCCUUCCCACGGGCAGUAUAUUCACUAUAAUGCGCUGAUACCUGUGAGCAAAAUGGGUGGAUAUGCUCAACAACAACAACAACAACAGUCGAUGCAGCAGCAACCAAACAAGACUGACUUAACCUACGCCGAAUUAGCUGGCUCGGCUAGCGGUGCACGCAUGGCGCCUUACUGCAGUGCCACCCUAGGACGUCCACGACAAACGGAACUGAAGCGAGCCGAACCGAACAUCUAUUCACAGGUAAUAAAAAUGAUGGACGAUGAUAGUCCGACCGAAGAAAUUGGCAUACAAUGGCCGAUAGCCACCAGAACAACAGCAGCUCAUCCAUUAGUGCAAGCAGCGGCAGCAACAACAACGGCAGUGGCUUAUGUGGCCGGACGUUCGACUCGGAUCGAUUUGGCACACCAUCCCAUGUAUUCGACGAGUCCUAUGUUCGGCGGUCAAACUACCAUCACUGGCGUCACCAUGUCACAUCCCUCGCAGCUGGCCACUUUUACCCCGCCGCCACCGAUAUUUGCGCAUAAAGUGAUUAGCGCCGCGCAGUCGCAGUCACUGCCACCCAACGUAGCAGUGCCGGUGAGCAGCAACGGGCUGCUGCAGACGAUGGGACCUGGAGGCGGACUGGUGUGUAUGGGUAUGCCGCCCCAUUCGGCUGCGGCGGCAGCGUCAAUGUUGUGUGCGGCGCAGCAACAACUUCAGCAGCAGCAGCCAUCACCACCAACGGGUGUCAAUGGUGUUUCAGUGAGUGGAUACGGAGAUGUGAACUCCAGUCCGGGCAUGCUGAAAACAGUGCCAGAGGAAGUGCAUCAUCAUAUUAAUGGCGAGGAUGUGCUUAUCACUAAGGAUCGAAACCACGCAACUCGUUUCUGACGGUAAAUUACAAUUAUAGAGACGCUUGAGAUGGCGCAGUAAAACCGAAAAA